AUGUACAUGUACCGUGACUGUAAUAUUAGACCGAGUGGCAUCAACAGCUUUUCUGUAAACUGGUGUAUUAAUACCAAACUUCUUAGAUUCAUCCCUUUAACCCCACAGAUCACUGAAACAUUUAACCAGGGAUUAGCAACAACCAAGCAACAAAAUUUUUCCUCCACAUCUUUAAACAGACAGAAGAGACAAGAUGAAGAAUACGAAUGUCCCUCACCAGAUGGCUUAUUUGCCGAUCCUAGUACCUGCCGGCGAUUUUACAUUUGUUCCGGAGGAUACCCAUUCAGCCAAGCAUGCCCUCCGUCACUGUAUUUUGACGACAUCAAAAAGUUUUGUACAUUUAAAUCGAAGCAGCUAACCUGCGGUCCAGUUGAAAUGACUCCAACGGAACCUCCCACUCCGGACCCCUUAGAAGCUACUAAAUGUGACCUUUCUGAGUGUCAGUUACCUGACUGUUUCUGUUGUUCUGACGGUACCCGAAUCCCUGGUGAUCUGAGCCCAGAGGACACACCUCAGAUGAUACUGAUGUCCUUUGACGGAGGUCAAAACUUCCUCAACUUCGAAAAAUAUCGAAGAGUUCUGAAUGAAAGCCGACAAAACCCGAAUGGAUGUCCAAUUAAAGCGACAUUUUUUGUGUCUCACGAGUACACCAGUUAUUUCUACGUUCAGAAGUUUUACUCCGAUGGACAUGAGAUAGCAGUAAACUCCAUAAGUCACCGUGAGCCUGAAGACUGGUGGUCAAAAGCCUCUUACGAGAACUGGACUGAAGAAAUGGUUGGUCAGCGUGAAAUCCUCAUCAAGUUUGCCAACAUUUCUCGUGAUUCCUUGUUGGGAAUAAGAGCACCAUAUCUAAAACCUGGAGGAAAUAUAAUGGCAUCUAUGGUCUUUGACUAUGGGUUUGUAUACGAUUCUUCAAUUGCUGUACCCAUGAGCAACACUCCUGUAUGGCCUUACACCCUGGACCACAAGAUUCCUCACAGGUGCCUGUCAGACAAAUGCCCAACUCAUUCUUUCCCGGGAAUUUGGGAGAUACCCAUGAAUACCUUGUUCAUGGAAGAUGGAACGGGUGGUCAAUGUUUCUUGGCUGAUCAGUGUGUUUUGCCUAAUUUUGAAGAGGACGUUUUCGAUUUCCUGAUGGAGAACUUCCUGCGCCAUUACAAAACCAAUAGAGCUCCUUUAGGUCUUUUUUUUCGUGUAAAUUGGUUCAACGAGAAAGUGAAAAUCAAAGCACUUUAUAAGUUUAUAGAUCACAUCUUGGCAACAUAUUCCGAUGCUUGGUUUGUCACUAUGCAGCAGGCCCUAUUCUGGAUAAGGAAUCCGGUGCCUAAUAGUCAAUUAGGUAGCAGUUACGUCCCUUGGAUUUGUGAGAAGCGCGAACCUGCUUGUAACAUCCCCACCACAUGCGCCCUAUCUUUCAAAGGUGAAGGAAUCAAUGAUCUCCGUUACAUGGAAACUUGCAUGUCGUGUCCAUUCCAAUACCCGUGGGUGGGAAACUUCGAAGGGUCUUACAGAGGUAAGCGGAUCAUCGAGGUGACUCCCAAAGAUGAGGAUAUUGAAAAUAACACACGUAAGAAAAAGUAG